AUGCUGGAGAAGAUACAGAAGGCGCUGGUGAUUCGCAGCAGCACCAUCAGGGAGCUGCUGGCGGAAGCACUGGGGACGUUUAUCUUAAUGGUACUUGGCUUGUCUUCUGUGGCACAAGCGAAAUUUGGAAAAGGAGAAUUUGGGCAGUACCUGAGCAUUACUUUGGGAUUUGGCAUCGGUACUACCUUGGGCAUCCAUGCGGCUGGAGGAAUCUCUGGAGCUCAUCUGAAUGCUGCCAUCACCCUCACACACUGCAUCUUGGGAAACCUCCCCUGGAAAAAGUUUCCAGUUUAUGUGAUCGGCCAGUUCCUGGGCUCCUUUACGGCAGCAGCUACUGUCUUUGCCCUCUACUACGAUGCUCUGUAUGACUACUCCAAGGGGAACCUUACAGUGACAGGACCAACUGCCACGGCAUCAAUCUUCGCCACUUACCCUGCUUCCCAUACAUCCUUCGUGGGGGCCUUCUUCACAGAGAUUUUAGCAACGGUGAUUCUGGUCCUGGGCAUUCUGAUCAUCUCUGAUGAGAAAAACAAUCCAGCUCAGAAAGGCACGCAGCCUCUGCUCAUAGGCAUCCUGGUGGUGGGCAUUGGCAUGGGGAUGGGGAUGAACACAGGCUAUGCCAUAAACCCCUCUCGAGAUCUGCCUCCCAGAGUCUUCACAGCAAUUGCUGGCUGGGGAAUGGAUGUCUUCAGGUAA